AUGAGGAGGAUCAGGGCUAAUGCCAUUGCAAUCCUGACUGUAGCCUGGAUCCUGGGCACUUUCUAUUACUUAUGGCAGGACAACAAGCCUCAUUCAGCAGCAUCCAGCAGAUCCCCUAGCAGCAGCGGCAGAAAUGGGCAGAGAUCAGCUGCGAGGCUGGAGAGCCACAGGGAAGAUGGGACCAUCCCCCUCACUGUAACGCGGACGCCACAGCAGGGUUUGGAUGAAAAGGCUUACCUGUCCUCCAAGCUGCUGAAGGCCGGAGAAGACCCAUAUCGACAACAUGCUUUUAACCAGAUGGAGAGCGACAAACUCAGCAGCGACCGGCCCAUUCGGGACACAAGGCAUUACAGAUGUGCCUCUGUGCGCUAUGACGCAGACCUGCCAGCAACCAGCAUCAUCAUCACCUUUCACAACGAGGCUCGCUCCACCCUGCUCCGCACAGUGAAGAGUGUUAUGAACCGCACCCCUGCCAAUCUCAUUCAGGAGAUCAUUCUAGUGGAUGACUUCAGCUCAGAUCCUGAGGACUGCCAGCUCCUUACCAAGAUCCCAAAGGUCAAGUGUCUACGCAACAGUCGGCGAGAAGGGCUGAUUCGCUCUCGAGUGCGAGGGGCUGAGAUGGCGAUGGCUGAGGUUCUCACCUUCCUGGACAGUCACUGUGAGGUGAACAGUGAGUGGCUGCAGCCGAUGCUUCAGAGAGUGAAAGAGGAUUAUACCCGAGUGGUGAGUCCAAUCAUCGAUGUGAUCAGCCUGGAUAAUUUUGCCUACCUGGCAGCCUCAGCCGAUCUGAGGGGAGGGUUUGACUGGAGCCUUCACUUUAAGUGGGAGCAGAUCCCUAUAGAGCAGAAGAUGUCCAGAACGGACCCAACCCAGUCCAUAAGAACACCUGUCAUAGCGGGAGGCAUCUUUGUGAUCGAUAAGUCCUGGUUUAACCAUCUGGGAAAAUAUGACACUCAGAUGGACAUCUGGGGAGGAGAGAAUUUUGAGCUCUCCUUCCGAGUGUGGAUGUGUGGUGGCAGCUUGGAGAUUGUUCCCUGCAGUCGAGUUGGCCAUGUGUUCAGGAAACGCCAUCCCUAUGACUUUCCAGAGGGCAAUGCACUGACCUAUAUCAAGAACACCAAACGCACGGCAGAGGUGUGGAUGGAUGAGUACAAACAGUACUACUACGAGGCCCGGCCUUCUGCCAUCGGGAAGUCAUUUGGAAGUAUUGCAGACCGCAUGGAGCAACGCAGGAAACUAAACUGUAAAUCCUUCCAGUGGUACCUGGAGAAUGUCUACCCAGAGCUCAAGGUUCCUGAAAAGGAGCUGGUUCCUGGGAUUAUCAGACAAGGAGGACAUUGCUUGGAGUCUUGGGGCCAGGACACAGCAGGAAAUUCUGUGGCUGGUGUGGGAGGCUGCAAAGGGACAGUGAGCAAUCCCCCUGUCAGCCAGGAGUGGGUCUUCAGUGACCCUUUAAUUAGACAGCAGGACAAGUGUCUCUCCAUCACCUCCUUCUCCACCGGAUCUCAGAUUACACUGGAAGCAUGCAAUCAGAAAGAUGGCAGACAGAAAUGGAAGAUGAAAGGCAGUUUCAUUCAGCAUUUUGUCAGCGGCCUCUGCCUGGAAAACCAGUCCAGCAGGGUGGUGACCAACCCAUGCCAAUCGGAUAUACCCGGCCAACAGUGGGAGCUGCUACAAGCCACAUGA